GCAAAUGUUGUCUCAUGUCUGAGCAGUGCCCUGUGCCCACUUGGCUGCCUCAAGUUUCUUAUCCAACUCUCAUCGUCUCUCUUUUCUUGAACUGCCGUUGGAAAAACUAAAUCCAACCAGAAAAUUAAAAAUCUCACAACAUGAACACCUUGCCCUCUACGUCUUUCUGCAACCACCAGAUUCCAAGAUUUCGUUUCGCCACCACCACCACUUCAAGACUCAGAAACUUCUCAUCCCAAACUCUUCCCUUUCAGAGCAGAAGAAGUCUCAGACUCAGAGUAUAUGCCAAUUCCAACGAAGUAGACACACAAGCUCUGGAAGAACCAAGCACAGAGGAACUAAAACAAGAACAACCCAAAGAAGCGAGCAAGCUCUCCAGUACUUCAUCAGCUUCUGCCGCUCCACUUGACAAAGACCUUAAAAAGGUUGUUCAAAAAACUGCUGCAACGUUUGCACCAAGGGCUUCCACAGCUACCAAGAAUCCUGCUGUACCUGGAACUACUUUAUACACUGUUUUUGAAGUUCAAGGCUAUGCUUCCCUGGUGUUAGGUGGUGUUUUGUCUUUUAAUCUCUUAUUCCCAUCAAACGAACCAGACAUCUGGAGACUAAUGGGCAUGUGGUCCAUCUGGAUGUUCACGAUUCCGUCAUUACGAGCGCGAGAUUGCUCGAAAAAUGAGAAGGAGGCUCUUAACUAUCUCUUCCUUAUCAUUCCACUGCUCAACAUAAUAAUCCCAUUCUUUGUGAAGUCCUUUGCCGUGGUUUGGUCCGCAGAUACUGUAGCCUUCUUUGGAAUGUAUGCGUGGAAGCUCGGUUGGCUACAAAGAGAAGACUAGGAAUCCAACAUUAAGAUCAAGAAACCCAUAACUUUCCUACACACUGGCCUUACUGCCAAGGUGAAGCAAGUUUUGAAUUUGUUUUAGCAAUGAAGCAUUGCUUGCCUUAUACACAAGAUAAAGAUAUAUCCUAGUUCAUGAAGAUGAAUGGCUGCAUUCAAAUUCCAGAGGAGUGGCUGCAUGACGGGUGAUGUGUAUCAAUCGUAAAUUCCUAGGAAAUCCAGUUGAUUGCAAAAUUAGGGGUUAAUACACCUUGUUUCCAAAGGAACCGACUUUUGUGUCCCUUUAUGUUUCUUUUCAUAUCUCUUUAAUAAUAUUUUUUAUCUUUAUUGCUCAA